CACACAUCUCUCGAUUGAAGCACUACGCUCAAAUUAGAGACUUUACUACGAGCCCAUUGUGCUAUUGGCCUCGAUUAUAUAUUAUGAGCGACCGAAGCCGAAGAUGCCUUAGAUCGAGAUGAUUUGAACUCCAUAGCAACCACAACAGCUACAACAACCACAGCAACCACAACAGCUACACCAACUACAACAACAAGAGAUGUCUGAAUUGAAAUUUGACAAAGAACAAGUUCUUUCCAAUGCAAAGCAUAUGGCUGGUGUCUACCGUCCACCUUCUGCGAUUGUUGUGAAAGGUGAAGGGUCGUACCUUUGGGACUUGGAUGGAAAGAGAUAUGUCGACUUCUAUGCCGGAAUUGCUGUCAAUUCAUUGGGACACUGUGAUCCUGAGGUCUCCAAGAUCAUAGCAGAUCAGUCCAGCACUCUGCUACAUUCAUCCGUGGCGUAUCCUAGUCCAUGGCCAUAUGCGCUUGCUGCUCUUCUUGUCGAGAAGACCAAGGAGUCUGGUGGAAUGUACAAUGCCUCCAAUGUCUUCUUUGGGAACUCUGGUGCAGAAGCUAACGAGGCUGCUUUGAAAUUUGCUCGUAGAUGGGGUAAGUCGAUCUCUCCAGACAAGACUGAAAUCAUUUGCUUCAAUUCUUCAUUCCAUGGAAGAACUUUUGGUGCUCUCAGUGUCACAUCCAACGUCAACUACCAAGCUCCAUUUGCACCUUUGGUUCCUGGUGUUAAAACUGCAACUGUUGGUGACAUUAAAUCUGUGGAAGACGUGAUUUCUGACAAGACAUGUGCUGUCAUUAUUGAGCCACUACAAGGUGAAGGUGGAAUUAGACCAGUUGAUCCGGCUUUCUUGCUAGCUUUGAAGGGCGUUUGUAAGAAAUACAAAGCAGCUCUGAUCUAUGACGAAGUUCAAUGUGGUAUGGGACGUUCCGGUACUUUGUGGGUCCAUUCAAAGCUUCCAAAAGAAGCCCAUCCCGACAUCUUCACUUCUGCUAAAGCUUUAGCUAACGGCUGUCCUAUCAGUGCUACCGUUGUCAGCCCUGAAAUCAAUGCUGCCCUUCGUCCUGCUGACCAUGGCUGUACAUUUGGUGGUAACCCUCUUUCAACUCGUGUUGCUGGACAUGUUCUCAACAGAAUUUCCGAUCCUAAGUUCCUGGAAGGUGUCCAGAAGAAGUCCGAGCUUCUCUGGUCCAAGUUGUCUAGUUUACAACAAAAGUAUCCUAAACAAAUCAAAGAAAUUCGUGGUCAAGGUUUGAUGUUGGGUGUUGAACUUACUAUCGAUGCAAAAGAGGUUAUCGUAAAAGCAAGAUCGCUUGGUCUUUGUACAAUUGCCGUCGCAGGAAAUGUCAUCAGAUUCCUUCCAGCAUUAAACAUUCCAGAUGAAGUUAUCCUUGAAGGUGUGGCAAUUUUGGAACAAACAUUUGAUGAAAUGUUUGGUGAGAAUUCAUCAGCUUAAAACUUGGGGCACGUUUCAUUAGAUAUGACUCCCGUUUUCACGUCCUGUCUUUGCAAUCUAUGUGUUACAAGUGGUUGAAUUGAGUAUCUGGUGCAUUGCUUCUGUCCUCAUUGUAGCUGUUAACUUUUAAUUGGUAUCGAGUUAAAACGCAUCGCCUGUCUGUUAACUCCACCGUUCUUCAAUUAGAAAGAUAACAGUCCUACACACACCAAUCACUACGUCUCAACUGAUUCAUGUCCAUGAGAUAACAAUGCCCCUAAUACGCACUUUUGUAGGUCUGAGGUUCCAUUUUUAGAACAAAUGUGUGGCAGUUCAAGCUACAGAUGGAUAAAUUAAUAAAGAUCAUUUAAGAUUCAAAAUUGCUCUAUUGAAAUACAC